AUGUCUAAUAUGACUGUCAAAGUUGGAAGCAGUUGCAUGGUAUUAAGAUGUAGUUGUGGGAGUGAAAUGAAAAUGCAGGAGUCAUCUGCCUCUCAGACUGUGUAUAUGCAACUCACCCACGGGCAGGUAUAUGAGGGGCCCCUUCUCCUGCUGCUGGUGUCAGGCCAGGUCCUGUUCCACACUGUGGCAUCUCGUCCCACCUGUGUCAGGGGAGCUGGCUGUCAGGUGAUUGUCCAAGACCUGAAUGAUAUUGCAGCCUAUGCAUCUUCAUCCAUGUACUUCCAGGCUUUAGAACAGCUCCUGAGAUUUGAAAGUGUGUAUUCUCUGGGCUCAGACUACUUCUUGCCAGCUAUACAAAGGUGCCAUACAGAUGAUAUCCUCACUCCAUCUGAAAGGGAGAUGGCCAGGUGGAUGCAGCACAAAGACCUUCUCAAUGCCGUAAUCCUCUUGCUGAACUCCUGGAAGGAACCCCUGAAGCACAUUGCCCAGGAAGCACAUCGCCUGCCAAAAUUGGGUGCUUUUUUCUCAAUCAAAUAUAGGGGUAUUUCUUUCAAAUAUGAACAACUGAAAGAAAUCAUGGUUCAAAUAGCUAGCACGCUUGAUAUUGACGUCCCAGGCGAAGUGGAGUUUGCUUUGUGGUCAGACAUGGAAUCCUUGAAAUCAUCUGAUGAACAAACUCACCUGUUUACUGUUUAUAACACACUCCUCUGCUUUUCCCGUGAUGCAAAAAGGAUUAAAUUUCUUAUCUCAAUUUUGAAGUGCAAAACUGACAACAAAGGCACCUGCUAG